AUGAAAUAUGAUAAGGUGUUUACUUACUUGAUCAAGACUACAUGUACUAUAGCACCUAGUAUGGCGGAACCUUUCAUAUUCCCCAAGAUUCACUCAUUCCCACCGCUUUAUACCAAGCAGCCCAACUUAACGGUCCAAGAGAAACAAUUGGAGUCAUGGAGUGAUUUGAUACUCAACUACUGCCAACACUAUCGAGUCACCAGUCUAUCGCAAGCAGGCUUGCCUUUGACUAGUCAGAAUUCACAAUUGAAGUUGGACCAGUUACCGAGUAUAUUUGAGAAUAAAAGUAUUGAUCGACAAGUAAAUGACGAGUUCAAGAGCAUUAUAUUCAAAUAUCUAGUUAAUAAACUUCAUAAAGCAGAGUACAUCAAUGUGAAGAAAAAGGAUGAAGGAAUAUUUGUAUGGUGGAAACCAUUACUGGAAUGGGCUUCUUGUCUUUAUAACCAUAUGAAUGAUACAGGACAAACGGGGACUGUGUUCACUAUAUUUGAAUUGACUAGUUCUAACGAAUUGGGGUUACCUGAAUCGUUACGGAACAUUGAUUCCUCAGUCAUGAUAAGGAUACUUCGAUCAAUGGUCAAACAAGGAAGAACGCAGUUAAUUAUGGAGGAUGGAGAGAUUGGAGGAGUUAAAUUCAUAUAG